ACGUUGCCAACCGGUUUGCGUAUCGCGAUUGCAUUCUGCAAAUUGGGCUGUUUUUGUUGUUUGUGGUGUGUGGUGCAAUUUCGGCACCAUAAUGUUGCUUCUGAGAAGAAUCUUUUCCCCAACGGCACAAAUCUGCCGCCGGGUCGCGUACGUACAGGGCCAAUCGCCGGCGCCGAAAAUACGCGAAUAUUUCUACUACAUCGAUCACGAAGGAAUGCUCUUCCUAGAUGAUGCGAGAAUCAAAAACUUCACCUCCUGCUUCAAGGAGAAGCAAUUUCUGGAGUUUUUCUUCAAAAGGUUAAAGCUAAACGACACGGACCGGUAUACGGACGAGUUCCCGUUUCUGUCUAUUUGCGGCCGGGAACGAAAUUUUAUCCGCUGUGACGAUCUACCGAUCGUGUUUACACAUGUUGUGAAAAUUGAUAGCGAAGAUAGGUUAGCUUACGCGCACGGGUACGAUAAGAUGAGCGUACCGUGGCAACCCGACCGGAUCUGUAUGUUUCCCGACACCGGGCGGGUGUACCAUCCGGCCCCGGAACGGUACGGGUCGAUAGGGCUGGUCCGGUCGAAGCUUGCGAUCGAGCUGAGCUCUUCGUUUACAUUCCAAAAUGGUGAAGAUCGUCCGCCGACACACUUCCGGUGGAAGGAGCACAAUUACGAGCUCGAUCAGGACUGGUGGAAGGAGACGUACAUCGGCAAGAGGUCGCAGCAAGACUGACUGCUAGCGAUGACCAAGGAAAGGGAGUACUGUUUUGUAGAAUAAUUUGAAAAUGUGAUACAAUAUUGCCGCACAAAUAUUGAGAUUAAAUGUGUUGAACGAUUUAAA